AUGGCGCGUGCGGUGCCACCCGCAAACGUGGACGACCUUGUCAAUUACGUUUUCCUGCCCUCAAAGUUGCCCCAGUCAGCGGCCGCCAUCCCCAUCGACUCCGACUUGCGCUUGUUGGAAUCGACAUCCGCUGCGUUGAAGGACUUCGCCCGAGGCCUACCCACUGCAGCACACAAGACCGCCGUCGACAGACUAGCCGAGGCCUUCAUCUCUGCGCGCAGAGUUUACGGCAGUGCCGAUUACAUCAGCGCGGACAAUCUCCGCAAAUCGCUCAAGGCACUGGCCGACUCCGACAGCGUGUCCAAUCGGAUACCGCUGCACAUCUGCGCGCAGAAUGCGGGUCUAGUCAUCUCCAGAGCUAGUGAAUUGGUUACGUUCCAGACAUUCGAGUUAUCUCCGAAGAACAAGGACGUUAUGUCCACAGCCGGCCGCCUUAAUCGCAUAUUCCCCGGUUGUGCUAUAUCCAUCGAUACCAACACUUUUAGCAAACUAGACUUCCUUACUACCCUGGCCAACGCUCUUGCCAAAAUGAGCAUACAGGCUGUGCCAGGCACUCAGCCGCAGUCAAAAAAGAAGGGUCAAAAAGAAGACGAAGAGCGAGACACAACAAAUCCAGGAAUCAUCACAGAGCUCCUCUUCGCCGGAUUUCUGCGCUCCAUGGGUACCGUUCCAACAGCCACAACCAUUCUGAAGCACACUCGGGACGAUGUGCUUUGGGAGAAUGCCAAGGGACCUUGGCGGCGGUCGCCCAUGUGGCUUCUAAUUCGAGUCACUAUGCAGCUGACGCUUUCUCAAGAGUGUUGA